CAGUCUCGGGUUUCCAUGACGACGACGUCGGAGGGGAACCCGGGCGGGGUUGGGUCGGAGCGCAUGCGCGGUGCGCGCGGGACGCGGAACGUCUCCCGAGUGGCCCGCGUUGCUGGUCCCGGGGAACCUGUACCGCGGGCGGCCCCGUUCCCUCCGCUGGCCAUGGCCCCCCCGCCCGCGUGCCGGUCCCCGAUGUCGCCGCCGCCGCCGCCGCCGUUGCUGCUGCUGCUGCUGAGUCUGGCGCUGCUGGGCGCCCGGGUCGGUGCCGAGACCGCCGGGAGCGCCGUCCCCGCGCAGAGCCGCCCAUGCGUGGACUGCCACGCCUUCGAGUUCAUGCAGCGCGCCCUGCAGGACCUGCGGAAGACAGCCUGCAGCCUGGACGCCCGGACGGAGGCCCUUGUGCUGCAAGCCGAGCGCCGUGCUCUGUGUGCCUGCUGGCCGGCCGGGCGCUGAGGACCGUGCCCUGUGUGCCUGCUGGCCAGCCAGGUGCUGAGGACCGUGCUCUGUGUGCCUGCUGGCCGGCCGGGCGCUGAGGACCAUGCUGCUCCCUGUCAAUAAACGCCCAGCAGCAUG